GAAAAAGAUGGCGUCGGUGUCGGAGCUGUACGAUGUCGGCUGGGAAGAGAUGAGAGACAAACUUCGUAAGUGGAGGGAAGAUAAUUGCAGAAACAGUGAACAAAUUGUGGAUGUUGGUGAAGAGCUCAUAAGUGAACAUGGAUCUAAACUUGGAGAUGACAUAUGGAUUAUCUAUGAGCAGGUGAUGAUUGCAGCACUGGACUGCAGCCGGGAUGACUUGGCCUUGACCUGUCUACAGGAACUGAGGAAGCAGUUUCCAGAUAGCCACAGAGUGAAGCGAUUAUCGGGCAUGCGGCUGGAAGCUUUGGAAAGGUAUGAUGAGGCCAACAAGCACUAUGAUGCAAUUCUUCAAGACGACCCUACCAAUACGGCUGCAAGGAAACGCAAGAUCUCCAUCCUGAAGGCACAAGGAAAGAGCACUGAGGCCAUCCGCGAGCUUAAUGAGUAUUUGGAGCAGUUUGUCGGGGACCAGGAAGCAUGGCAUGAACUGUCAGAACUGUACAUCAACGAGCAUGACUAUGGAAAAGCUGCGUUUUGUCUGGAGGAGCUGAUGAUGACCAAUCCUCACAAUCACUUGUACUGUGAGCAGUACGCUGAGGUGAAGUACACUCAAGGGGGGCUGGAAAACCUGGAGCUAUCCAGAAAGUAUUUUGCCCAAGCACUGAGGCUGAACAACCGAAACAUGAGGGCAUUGUUUGGUCUGUACAUGUCUGCAAGCCAUAUCGCUGCUAGUCCUAAAGUCGGUGCCAAGUUGAAGAAGGACAAUAUGAAGUAUGCUGCCUGGGCUGCCAAUCAAAUAAACAGAGCCUAUAAGCUGGCUGGUCGUGGGACCAAGGAUAACAAAUGUUCUGUGAAGGCUGUGGAGGAGAUGCUGGAGUCCAUGCAGAUCACCAUGUCCUAGAUGCCCCUGACCACACCAUUUCUCUUGCCUCCUUUUACACAAACACUCGGAGCCAACAUGGCAGCUCUCCGCCUUGCAUUGUGAAUAGAGCUGGAGCUUAAGACUGCUGAUAAAAUCCACUCAAGUUGGAUUCUGUAAUUAACUGAACUUGUCAUGGACCCUGGUAGACAUUCAGAUUUUUUUCUCAAACUCUCAAAGCUGCAGAGUUUCAACAACCAUCCACUUUGGAGUCUAGGCACAUCCAAACAAAAUCUGUAAGAUUUUUUUAACAAUAAUCCCACACAUUAACCCAGUACUAACCCAGAAGUCCCUCCUCCCCAAGCUGGAUUUUUUUUUGAAGUCCUAGCUCUUUUAGAUCAUCUUAAAUAGAUAUUGCAAGUCACCACAACCAGACUGAAGCUUAAAAUGUGUGAAUGGGAGAAAUUAACAUAGUCUAUAAAUUCUAUUUAUAAAGACAACUUGGAGGUCCUACAUGUCUGCACUGAAGUCCUCUAAGAUCUCCUUACUAUCUGUAAAUGAAAAACUUUUAGUGUAAUGACAGUGAUUUUUUUUUCUUUUUUGUCAAGUCCCAUCAAAUUGUCAAAAUAAAGGAUUGGAUGUUUA